CGUCCUCAGAAGGGCCGUGUGAGCAGCUGCACCAUGGUGUCCGUGAAGUGGGCUUCCUCAGUCCUGCUGCUGCAACUCUGCUGUGCUGGCUGUGGCUUCUGUGGGAAGGUGCUGGUGUGGCCUUGUGACAUGAGCCACUGGCUUACUAUCAAGGUCAUUCUAGAAGAACUCGCAGAGCGGGGCCAUGAGGUAACAGUGCUCACCCAUCCACAUACUCUUCUCAUUGAUCACUGGAACCCCUCUGCCCUGAACUUUGAGGUGGUUGAUGUGCCAUUUGUCAAAGAGAAUACCAAGAAAAAUCAUGCAGCAAUGCAGAAGCUACCUCUUAAUGUCUCACCACUGUUGCUACCCUGGCAAUCAAUAAUAAAACUGAGUGACCUCUUAAGGGGGAUGAAUAAAAGUUUUAAACUUUUCUGUGAGAGUGUCAUCUACAACCAGACACUCAUGAAGAAGCUGCAGGAAACCAACUAUGAUGUAAUGCUCAUCGACCCUCUGAAGCCCUGUGGGGAGCUGGUGGCUGAGCUGCUUGCAGUUCCCUUUGUAAUCACUCUUAAGUUUUCCGUAGGAGGCAAUAUGGAGAGGAACUGUGGGAAACUUCCAUCUCCACCUUCGUAUGUCCCUGUGACUAUGGUGGGGCUACCAGACAAGAUGACUUUUCUGGAAAGAGUGAAAAAUGCAAUGCUUUUGGUUUUCUCUAACUUAUGGAUUCAAGGUGGUGACUUUCAAAUUUGGAACCAGUUUUAUAGUGAAGCCUUAGGAAGACCCACCACAUUAUGUGAAACUCUGGCAAAAGCUGAAAUUUGGUUAAUCCAAACAUACUGGGAUUUUGAAUUUCCUCGUCCAUACUUGCCUAAUAUUGAGUUUGUUGGAGGACUGCAUUGCAAACCUGCCAAACCUUUACCCAAGGAAAUGGAAGAGUUUGUCCAGAGCUCAGGUGAAGAUGGCAUCGUGGUGUUUUCUCUGGGUUCUGUAAUUGAUAAUUUACCUGAAGAAAAGGCUGACCUCAUUGCUUCUGCCCUGGCUCAGAUUCCACAGAAGGUUUUAUGGAAAUUCAAAGGAAAGAAACCAGCAACCUUAGGUGCGAAUACUCGAAUCUAUGAUUGGAUACCCCAAAAUGAUCUUCUUGGCCAUCCCAAAACCAAAGCUUUCAUCACUCAUGGUGGAAUGAAUGGGAUCUAUGAAGCAAUUUACCAUGGGGUCCCCAUGGUAGGAGUUCCCUUAGUUAAUGAUCAGCAUGACAACAUUGCUCACAUGAAGGCCAAAGGAGUGGCUGUGGAGGUGAACCUGCACACAAUGACAAGUGCAGACUUGCUCAGUGCCUUGAGGACAGUGAUCAAUGACCCCUCCUACAAAGAGAACGCCAUGAAGUUAUCGAGGAUUCACCACGAUCAGCCCAUGAAGCCCCUGGACCGGGCAGUCUUCUGGGUCGAGUUUGUCAUGCGCCACAAGGGAGCCAAGCACCUUCGGCCAGCAGUCCAUGACCUCAGCUGGUUCCAGGCCCACUCUUUGGAUGUGAUCGGGUUCCUGCUGGCUUGUGUGGCAGCUGUUAUAAUCUUUGUCACAAAAUGCUUGUUGUUUUACUGCCAACAGUUUGGAAAUACAGGAAAGAAGAAAAAGAAGGAAUAGAUCCCUUCAAGUUUGGGCAAAGUGCUGAAUAGGACAAACUUAUUCAUUCCAGGGUUCAGGGAGAACACAUCUGCUUCCCGUUUUCAUAUUCCCCAUUCCUCAAUCUUAUUCUAGCAUUCAAGCUAAUAAUCAGCUAGUGAGUGUGUCUUUUUUUUCAGUCUUUCUAGCUAUUUCUUCCUCCUUUUUUCACAUUACUGGUUACAGAGAUACCAAUAACUCUGAGAUGAGACAUAUAGGAAUGCUUUUCUUUCAUUUCAGUUCCUUCUCACCACUCCCAUUUUUCCUUUACCAUGGCCUCGUAUUAUAUUGAAGAGUAGUCACCAUGCUGUUAUCCUCUUGCCAGUCUCAUCCAUGUUGCUGCAAAUAACAAGAUUUCAUUAUGUUUACAGAUGAAUAAUAUUACACUAUAUAUAUAAUAUGUAUAUGAAAGCGUAUUUUCUUAAGCUAUUUAUCUUUUGAUGGAUGCCUGAGACCAAAUUUUGACCAUCAUGAUUUGUGCUGUAAUACAAAAAGGAGAACAAUUUCAAAUAAACAACCUAGUUAUGCAUCUCAGCAUCCUGAAAAACAAGAAGAAAUGAAACCUCAAAUUAGCCUGGAGCCAUGGCUCAAUAGGCUAAUCCUCUGCCUGCGGCGCCAGCACACCGGGUUCUAGUCCCGGUUGGGGCGCCGGAUUCUGUCCUGGUUGCCCCUCUUCCAGGCCAGCUCUCUGCUGUGGCCCGGGAGUACAGUGGAGGAUGGCCCAAGUCCUUGGGCCCUGCACCCCAUGGGAGACCAGGAGAAGCACCUGGCUCCUGGCUUCGGAUCAGUGUGGUGCGCUAGCCGCAGCGCGCCAGCUGCAGCGUCCAUUGGAGGGUGAACCAACAGCAAAAGGAAGACCUUUCUCUCUGUCUCUCUCUCUCACUGUCCACUCUUCCUGUCAAAAAAAAAAAAAAAAAAACAAACCCUCAAAUU